AUGUGCUACUAUGGCAGCUACUAUGGGGGCCUGGGCUAUGGCUAUGGCUCUGGUUAUGGCUGUGGAUGUGGCUGCUUCCGUGGUCUAGGCUAUGGCUAUGGAGGCUGUGGCUAUGGAGGCCUGCGCUAUGGUGGCUAUGGCUAUGGCUGUUAUGGUGCCAUACAUACUCAUGAAACCUACCUUAAACAACCAUCCACCCAAGUGAAUCCUGACACCAUGUGCUAUUAUGGCAGUUACUAUGAGGGCCUGGGUUAUGGCUAUGGCUCUAGUUAUGGCUGUGGAUGUGGCUGUUUCCAUGGCCUAGGCUAUGGCUAUGGAGAUUGUUGUUAUGGAUGUUAUGACUAUGGCUGCUGCCACCCUUCUUGUGGUGAAAGAUAUUAUUUUUAUGGCUUCUAUUGA